AUGGGAUUAGGUGUUGCAUUAUGGUUUUGUCCGAGACAAAACUCUCAAAUCCAUGAUAAAUUGACAACAUUGAGUAGUUCCAUAAACACAUUGUUUCCUGGACUGCCACCCAAGUUUGAACCACAUAUAACCAUUACCACCAAUGUCAGCAUCAAUCUCGAUGAUCCGUCGAAAACAAAGGAUGACGUUGAUAAAGUUUUGUCAGCUUGUGCUGUGGCUUUGCAAUCGUUACCCAAAAAUCAUGCCAAGCUUGUGACUAUAGGAAAUGUUAACAGUCAAAGGAAGUACUUUCAAAAGCUAUAUUUUGAAGUGGUUAAGGAUCCCAAUUUGAUUCUGUUUGCGCAAAUUAUGAGAGAAUUAUUUGUCAUAGCGCCAGCUGACAUUGAAGCAGAGAAUCAAAAGCAGAACCCACAAUUGUACACCACUGAUAAUCAUGGAAAUACAGUACGGCGAAGACCUCUGAGAAAGCAUAGCAGGGAAUUGUCACAAACUACAAUUAAGGAAUUUGAUACCACUGAAAUUCAAAGACGGGCCAGGUACAAGGCGGUCGAAUGGGCAGAGAAAGAGUACGAGCCACAUAUAUCCCUAGUAUAUAGCAAUAUUUGGCCCAUUGACAAUGCAUUGUGGCUAACAAUCAAAACGAGAAUCAGCGACUAUCUUGGCAUUGAAGAUGUUGAUGCCGGAAACCUACACAACCAUGGCCUUGGAUGGGAUAGUGGGGUUUUCAAGUUGGUUUUAUGUGAAGGCGAAGUUCAAGACUGGAUUGUUUUGGGAAGUGUUGACGUCUAG